AUGUAUUCGAAAUAAAAGAAUCAAAAGGGAAAACCUGAAUGGGUUUCAUCAUUUGUAGAUUAGGAUCGUUACAAGUUAUCAUAAGCUGAAUUGAUGCAAAAGAAAAUUAGUUUAAUGUCAAAACAUCGUAUGGAAGCAAGAGAUUAAUGGUAAUAAGUAUAGGAGAAAUUGAAAAAUAAUGUUAUGGAUGAUGAUACAUAAAAAGUUAUGAUUUAUUGUUAUAAUAGAUCUAUCUUACAGCUUUGCAUUCUAAGGGUUUAGAUAAUUCAACUUCAAAGAGAAGAAAUUUAACAUAAAUGAUUGAAUGGGAAAAAUCUGAAAGAGCCCAUUCAUAAAGUCAAUUUAAACCAGAUAUUCUUGAAUAAGCUAAAAUGUUAUUAAUUGAAAGUGAAAGAGAUAAAUAAAAUUAAGAUCCAAACUUUCUUAAUAAAAUAAAGUAAGAUUUAGAAGAAACGAAAUCAUUUGUGACAAAAGUAAAAUUAUUUUUAGUUAUUAUUAGGCUAAAAGGUUAAAGAAACCAGAAAAAAUAUUAAAAGCGCAAAAAGAAAAGUCCGUUGAUAAAAUUAAAUAGGAAAUAAAAAUAUCAACAAGUAAAUAAAACUAAAUAGAAGAUAAAUGUUAAAGUUAAUAAGAAAAUUAUGGAUUUAAUGGGAUGAAAAAUUUAGAUAAUGUUAUUUCAUUUUUAGAAAAUACCUUACAUUCUUAGGAAGUUUAGAUUUCAUAAUUGAAAGAUGAGAAUCCUUUUCGAAAUGCAGCUUUGACUGAUACAAAGACAGUUUAUUCAGAAAUACCCAAUUUAUCUGAAAAUAAUACAUAAAACAAAUUUUAUCCAAAAGAGGAAUACUGUUUUAUAUAAUAAAAUCUUGAGAAUUUAAAUUAAGACAGAAAAUUAUAAAUUCAGAAUUAUCAAAAUAAAGAAAAUGAUUUUAUAAAUUCUCGAGCUCAAAAGGAGGAUUUUAAUAAUUUAAAUUAAUUAGAGGUACCUAAAAACGAUAUACCAAAAUAUGAAUAAUUCAAGAAAGACAUAAUGAAAAUAGAAGAGCAAUAACCAAAUCAAUAAAUUUAACAAAGACUAAAUUUUGAUAAGGUUUGCUUUACAACAAAAAAUGAAUUAUCGUUUGAUGAUAAUAUAGAUUAAUUAAGACAAUUGUUAGAAUAAACAAAAUAAGAACUAAAUUAAAUGAAUUUAUAAGAUUCAAGUAUAAUGGAAGGUAAUGAUAGUUAAAGAGAUAUUAAUAUUAAAUAAAAUAAAAUCGAACCAUUAUAGUAAAAACAUGUAAAUUACUAAAAGAUUCAUAGAAAGUAUAAAAAUUGUGAUACUUUUGAUAUAAAUGAUCAUUUAAUGUGA